AUGUGGGUUGCGUACACGUUGUGCUCGCACGUCGCCACCGCCACGGCUACCUGCUCUCUUCUUGUCCGAACGAGUCCCUUCUCCGACGCCCAACCUGGCAUGACCGCCGUUGCCCUUCGCCUCGGGGCCCGGCCAAGGCGCCUCCCCUUUGCCUUCACCAGUCGGGCCAUCCACAGCCGCAGCUUUCCAGCCUGGUUCGUCCGCGGCGGCACCUCCAACGGCCUCGUCAUCCUUCGCUCCGACCUACCCCCCGAGCCGCGCUGGCCGGACGUCCUACCUCCAGCCAUGGGUUCGCCGGACCCGCACUUCGGCCGUCAGCUUGACGGUAUCGGCUCCGGCCUCUCGUCCACCUCCAAGGUCAUCGUCCUUGCCCCGCCCUCGAGCGCCGACGUCGACGUCGACUACACCUUCGUCCAGGUCGGCAUUCGCGACGGCCGUCUCGACCUCGCCGGAAACUGCGGCAACAUGUCGGCCAUGGUUGGUCCCGCCGCCUGGGAUCUCGCCCUCGUCCCUGCCGCUCGGAAGUCGGCGCUCGUCACCGCCGACGACGACUGUGGCCAUCGCUGGGCCGAGCUGCGCUGCCUCAACACCAACACGAGCAAGGUCGUCGUCUCGCGUUUCCGGAUCGACGGUGAUCCGCCAUCGUACGCCCCUCGUGGCGACUUUGCCAUGGACGGCGUGCCCGGCACCAACUCCCCCAUCACACUGCGAUUUGUCGACCCGACCGGCGCCAAGACCGGUGCCGCGCUACCCACGGGGAACACCGUCGACGUGCUGGAGCUGCCGAGUGGAGAGACGGUGAAGGCAUCCCUGAUCGACGUCGGCAAUCCGGGCGUCUUCGUCUCCACCCAAAGCCUUGGUCUCGACCCCACCGAAGCCUCCUCCCUCACGCCGUCGUCGAUCGAUACGAACGCGCCCCUCAAGGCCCACCUCGACACCGUCCGCCGCGUCGGCGCCUCCCUCAUGGGCCUCGAUCCCGACACCGAGAGCGUGCCCAAGAUUGUCCUCCUGUUCCCGCCGGCUGACACCCCAGCCGACGUCGACAUCCGCUGCCUCGCCAUGUCCAUGGGCCAGCCGCACAAGGCUAUGCCCCUCACCUUGGCGCUGUGCCUCGCCGCCUCGGCCCAUAUCCGCGGCACCCUGGCGGCCGGGCUCAUGAUGCAGCGCGGAAAGACGGUUCAGCGUACCCUCACGCUGGCGCAUCCAAGCGGGAGGCUCCCUGUCGGGACCGUGGUGAACGGCGGGCGCAUCGAAUCGGCCGAACUGCUGAGGACAGCCAGGGUUUUGAUGAAGGGCCGUGUUUGCUACUAG